CACCGAAGAAGAAUACAUGCAGGAGCGUUGCAGGCUCAUGUGUCAACACAUCUACUUUCCCGAGGGGAGGUGUAACGUCAUUAGGAAAUAUUUAUACAAAAAUCGCAUUCCUUUGUAAAGCUUUUUGAGGAAAUAAAAUCGGACUUUUUAUUCUAUAGUCGCCUCUUGUCGGAAAGACAAUCAAAAAACGGUGUCGGCGAGUGCUUUUGACGCAAAGCUAGCGUUCUUCAGCGAUGACGGGGUACAAAGUGCGAAUAGCAAUCAUUUAAAAUCCCAUAUCCGGGAACGCGUUCGCUUUAGCGGGAUAGCCAGCUCGCUUGGGCUCGACGCAACGGAGACUCCUCGGCGAGCGACGCUGCUGUUGCUUGGCUGCUGACAUGAUGUUUCCUCAAUCUAGGCACUCGGCAUCCGCUCAGUCCGGACAAGCUCUCAAGUUCACCACCUCUGACUCGUGUGAUCGCAUCAAAGAUGAGUUCCAGUUCCUUCAAGCACAAUACCACAGUCUCAAGUUGGAAUGUGACAAACUGGCAUCAGAGAAGUCCGAGAUGCAGCGUCACUACAUCAUGUAUUACGAAAUGUCUUAUGGACUGAACAUUGAAAUGCACAAACAGGCUGAAAUAGUCAAGAGACUAAACGGCAUCUGCGCUCAAGUGCUGCCUUACCUCUCGCAGGAGCACCAGCAGCAAGUCAUGGGGGCCAUUGAGAGAGCUAAGCAGGUCACACCGCCCGAGAUGAACUCCAUCAUACGGCAACAGCUGCAGGUGCAGCACCUGUCGCAGCUUCAGGGCCUGGCUCUCCCGGUGGCUCCUCUGCCCCUGGGCCUGACUCCGCCCAGUCUGCCGGCGGCCUCGUCCGGCUCGGGCCUGCUCUCGCUGUCCUCCAUUCUGGCCAACUACUCGCACGGCCAGGCCGCCCAAGCUGCCAAGGAAGACAAGGCCCGCGGGGACGCCGCCCAGGCCCAAGCUCAAGCCGAGAGGCCGCCGCCCAGGCCCGAAGACGGCGACAAGUCUGACUAGAGGACCGUCUGUCGGGGCUGCAAAAUGGCGUCGGCGGACUGUUCGUUCUCAGUCGACGUCACGUGUACAUAGUUGCGCUUGUAAUGGUCGAGCGGGAAAAAAAAAGAAAAAAAAAAUCUGCAGAAAGUGUAAAAGAGUUCAUGUUACUCUUUUUACUUUCAUUCCUCCCUCACAUGUAAAUGGCACAAAUCAGAAUGGAGUCAGCUCGCCUCUCACGGCACACUUAACAGAGUUAAACCAACGAGCCAUUUGUUACCUUUGACUAAACGUAAGGUUUUUUUUUUCUCUCAUCAUAUAUUUAGCAAGUGGCUGGCCAACCACUGGCCUAUCCAUGUAAAAACAUUUGAGAGAAAAAAGGGGGGAAAGAAUACACUGCUGUGGGCACAUUAGACAGCGUGCGUGGGAGAUAAAGUGAGUGUGUGUAUGUAAAAAAAAUGAAAACACUUAAUUUUUUUCUUUUCUUUUUUGCACCUUUUUGUCAAAGUUCGUACGCUUGUUGCAGUUUUGCCUGCUGGCGCUACUUGAGAUUAAAAAACAAAGUUGGAUUUGUAUUACAACUUAAAUCUUGUCAAAUGUAUACAUUUUCAGACAUUUCAAAGAAAUCCAACUAAAAAUGACCACUAAAAAAAUCACAACCAAAAUUCUAACUUGCUUAAAAUAAUUCAUGUAAAAUGACUACCUUAAUUUAAAAAACUUUUUUCCCCCUUUUGUAAAAUGGUUACAUUUCCUUAUGGUAUUCCAACUUUGCAGCAAAACCACAAAGUUGUGAAUAAUUUUCGUUCAAACAAGUUUGCAGUCUGACACCGUUGUGUAAAUGAAACGGAUGUUUCCAUAAUAGGUAGUUGAUUGACGGUCAUCGGUUCUUGUUAUGACGUCACAACGAGUUAAGUGCUUUGAUGACUAAAAACUUCACUUUGGGAACUUCAUCUGUUUUUAUUAGGUUUUUGUUCUAAUUUUUAUUCAGUAUUUUUGAUUCUAUUUUUCCUGUAUUUUCAUUUGUAUUUUUUUAUUAUUUAGUAAAAGCACUUAAGUGUCGUCCGUGUGCUCUUUUGCUUCUAAUAACAAUAAUAGUAAUAAUCUUUCUAUGUUCUCCCAUGCAAGUGGUGUGUGUCGUCUGCUUGCGUGCGUGCCGUGAAGGGCCAAUUUGUAUACAUAUAAAUAUAUCAAUAUAUGUAUUUUUUAAAGCAUUUUUGUAUGUUUCAAAGCUGCUUUUUAACCUCAUGAAAAUAGCACAUGUGCGUGUGUGCGAGCGCAUCGUUUUGUUUCAAGUUCUGCAAGUCGUUUCCUCACUUUUUAAAUGUUUGAUCCUCUUUUGUGCAAAGAUCAUGGAAAAACAAACCAACCAUGUGUGUAACUGCGUAUGUUAAAAAAUAAAUAAAAGGUAUUAAGAAAGCAAGAGUACUACGCUAACGAUGACAAGAAGUAAUGCAUGGCGCUUUUAGCAGUAAGGGAGCUUUUCUGGUGCCUUACAAAUAAAAUAUGUGAUUGGAA